AUGGAGGGCCUUCUAUUCAACGUAAACAAUGGUUACAUCGAGGGCAUCGUCCGCGGCUAUCGCAACGGACUGCUCACCGGUACCAACUACACCAACAUGACACAAUGCGAGACCAUUGAUGACCUCAAGCUCCAACUCGGUCCCGCUUACGGCGACUUCCUCGCUACUCUCCCACCCAACCCCUCCACGUCGAGCCUCGCAACCAAAACCACCGAGAAGCUCGUCUCCGAGUUUCGCUAUGUCCGCGCCAACGCGGUUGGCUCGCUCGCCAAGUUCAUGGACUACGUCACCUACGGCUACAUGAUCGACAACGUGGCGUUGCUCAUCACCGGCACCCUCCACGAACGCGACACGCGCGAGCUGCUCGACCGCUGCCACCCCCUCGGCUGGUUCGAGACAAUGCCCGUUCUCUGCGUGGCGACCAACAUUGAGGAGCUGUACAAUAGCGUGCUAAUCGAGACGCCGCUCGCACCCUACUUCAAGGGCAGCCUCAGCCACCAGGACCUGGACGAGCUCAACAUCGAGAUCGUGCGCAACACGCUGUACAAGAACUACCUCGAGGACUUUUACGAGUUUGUCAACUCCCACCCGGACAUGGCCGGCACGCCAACUGCCGAGGUCAUGUCGGAGAUGCUCGAGUUCGAGGCCGACCGCCGCGCCAUCAACAUCACGCUCAACUCGUUCGGGACGGAGCUGUCCAAGGCCGACCGCAAGAAGCUGUACCCCAGCUUCGGGAACCUGUACCCCGAGGGCACGUUGAUGCUGUCGCGGGCGGAUGACUUUGAGGGCGUGCGGUUGGCCGUAGAGGGCGUGUCUGACUACAAAGCCUUCUUCGAGGCGGCCGGUCUCGGUGGCGGCCCUGGCGGGCCGGGCAACAUGGCUGGUGGCUCCGGGUCGGACGGCAGGAGUCUGGAGGAUAUGUUCUACCAGAAGGAGAUGGAGAUUGCCAAGGGCGCCUUCACCCGGCAAUUCACGUUUGCGAUUGUAUAUGCGUGGGUCAAAUUGAGGGAGCAGGUCAGUACCCCUUCUUCCCGGUCAGUGUGA